AUGGACUAUUUACUCCCAGCAGAAAUCAUUACAAAUAUUCUUAGUUACAUGUCAAUGACUGAUUUGGUUCGCAUUGAAAGAACUUGUCGGUUAUUUCAAUCAUUCUCUCUCUGUGAGAUAGAGAAGCGUAUCAUUAAAUCCAGCGAUGAAUGGGGAAUCUUGAUACAUUUAGGACAAGUCAGCGCAAAGCCCAUUGGGUUUGAUGCCAAAUCAAAGAGAGCCUACUACUCGGUACUGAUGGAUCCUGUGAAAGUAAAGACCAUGUUUGACCAUCGCCGCCCAAUCCAUUGUUCCUUGCUCCGGAAAAAGACAUCCAAAUUUCAAUCAUACAGCCAAAAUGGAUUCAUCAUUACUGUUGAAAAGGGAAUGGAGGAAGGAAAGACUCUGGAAUUAGAUAUCAACAAUGAAGCUUGUCAAGUCCACGCCGCACUUACCAGGUUACCCUCAUCUGUGUCUCCUAUCAAUACCACUUUAGAAGCAUCAUUGUGUAAUGGGCAAGCCUUGAAAAAGCAAAGUUUGCAAUUACCGCCAAUCAAGACGAUGGCCCCUCAGCCUUUGACAUAUACCCUUCAAAUUACUGAAUUAAGCUUACCGCUAUCCACUCUCGCUGCAUAA